AUGUCUGUGUAUCACGAUGAAGUAGAAAUUGAAGACUUUGAAUAUGACGAGGAUGAAGAAGUAUAUUAUUAUCCAUGUCCUUGUGGGGAUCAGUUCCAAAUAUCUAAGGCAGAGUUAGCUGCUGGAGUGGAAGAAGCCACAUGUCCUUCUUGCUCUCUUAUAAUUAAAGUAAUUUACGACAAAGAGGCGUUUGCUGCUAAACAGGAAGAACUUAUUAGGGACGAGGAAAAACAACUCGUGAUUCAAAAGUACAAACCAUCGCCCUUAAAUGUUAUUCCAAAAUGUUAUUCCAAAAAUGAAUUAUCAGCUAAAGUUAAAGAGAAGAUACGCAGAAUACAUAUGAAUAUUACUUAA